GAAGUGAACAUCACCAUCCUCCAAAUCAACAACAACAACAACAACAAUGACGUCACGUGCCGAGGACGCGCUCGAGCCAGCACCACGCGACAGGGACUGACAAGAUGGCGAUCAUUUAAGAAACAGAGGAGCUGCUGCCGUGAAGGAGAGGCUCGACAACACCAUGCCCUGUUCUCAGCUCACCAUGGUCACCAUGGUGAUAUGAAGCCAGUGUGAAACGCAGACACACACACACAGACUCACAUACAGACGGUCAGUUAUUGACUGACACAGCCAGCCAGCCAGCUCGGCGGGCAGGCUUGUGUAAUGGACAGGUGUAAGCAUGUGGGGCGGCUGCGCCUGGCCCCAGACCACUCCAUCCUCAACCCCCAGAAGUGGCACUGCGUGGACUGCAACACCUCAGAGUCUAUAUGGGCCUGUCUGGGCUGCGCUCAUGUGGCGUGCGGACGCUAUAUCGAGGAACACGCUCUGCAACACUUCCAGCAGCAACACCACCCGUUGGCUAUGGAGGUUAAUGAACUUUAUGUUUUUUGCUACUUAUGUGACGACUAUGUCCUGAAUGACAAUGCCACCGGAGACCUCAAGCUGCUUCGUAGUACGCUCAGCGCCAUCCAGAGCCAACGCUAUGAGGUCACCACCCGCAGCGGGCGCACCCUCCGCUCCGCAAGCGCUGCGCCUGAUGCCCUCAUGCCAUCCGGCGCCCGCGAGCUGCAGCUAAGAGACGAGGACAGGAUGUUUACCGCCCUCUGGCACCGCCGCAGGGCGCUUAUGGGACGUGUUUUCCGCUUGUGGUUUGGACUGACUGAAUGCGGAAAGAAGAGGGAAGAGGAGGAGAGAAAGAGGGAGGAGGAGGAGGAGCAGAAAAGGGAAGCGAGGGAGAGGAGGCGGGCUCUCAAAAGGCAGCUGCAGGAGGAGCUGGAGAACGCGCCUCUCAGGAAGAGUCGGCGCUUACGUCGGAAGAGCCAGAGAGUUGCGGACGCGGCAGUCAUAACACCAACAUCUCGCAGGCCACGUAACAAGACAAAAAGCCCCGUGCCCUCGUCCCUCACCCGCAGGCCGAGGACUCAAAGCCCCGCCACUCCCACCCCCAAGAAAACUGGACGCACGAAAAAGACCCAACCAACGCCUAAGACCCGAAGCCGUUCUUCUACCACCAAAUCUAAACCCAAAACUUCAUCAGCGACCCCCCGCCAUGCCCAAACUCCUGUCCGCCACAAGCAGAGUACCAAACAAGGUGGUUCACCCUUCAAACGGCGUCCCACAGUCACUCCUGGAGUGACGGGCUUGAGGAAUUUGGGCAACACCUGUUAUAUGAACUCCAUCCUGCAGGUGUUGAGCCACCUGCUUGUCUUCAGGGAGUGCUUCCUGCGCCUGGAUCUGACCCAGGCUUUGGAGCUACUGGCAUCUGCCGUCCACGGCCAACUGACAGGCAAGACCUCGUCCCAGUUCCCCCUAGCCCAAAGGAAGGGAUUCCAAGCCAGCUCGGGCUCUGGGGCCGGGCUGAGCGGCGGGGCCUCACGGGGCCGCAGCAUGGAGCUGAUACAACCCAAAGAGCCCAGCUCGAAGCACAUCUCUCUCUGCCACGAGCUGCACACCUUGUUCCAGGUCAUGUGGUCUGGCAAGUGGGCGCUGGUAUCGCCUUUUGCUAUGCUCCACUCGGUGUGGCAGCUGAUCCCGGCUUUCCGGGGCUACGCUCAGCAGGACGCUCAGGAGUUCCUGUGUGAGCUGCUGGACAAGGUGCAGCACGAGCUGGAGAGCACCGGCCAGUACACGACCACCGCAGGAGUCCCGCAGACACAGAAACGACUCAUCAAACAGGUGCUCAGUGUGGUCAACACCAUCUUUCACGGCCAGCUCCUCAGCCAGGUGACGUGUCUGGCCUGCGAUCAUCGCUCCAACACUGUGGAGCCUUUCUGGGAUCUUUCCCUGGAGUUCCCUGAGCGGUAUCACAGUAAUAGCAGGGAGUCGGCUGCACAGGCUUCGUGCCAUUUGACUGAAAUGCUGGCCAAGUUCACAGAGACCGAAGCACUGGAGGGAAACAUCUAUGCCUGUGACCAGUGUAACUCUGCUCGACGGCGGACCUCCUCCAAACCCGUCAUCCUGACCGAAGCACAAAAACAGCUGAUGGUCCACAAACUGCCUCAGGUGCUGCGGCUUCACCUCAAACGCUUCAGGUGGUCUGGGCGGAACCACCGGGAGAAGAUCGGAGUUCACGUCAGCUUCGACCAGCUUCUCAACAUGGAGCCCUACUGCUGCAGAGAGCCUUCGCCCGUGAAAGCUUCGCCGUGCUCCAGUCCCAGCAGCCCCGGCUCUGCAGGCUCGCCGCGCCCCAAGCACUUCCUCUACGAACUCUCUGCUGUGGUGAUGCAUCAUGGGAAGGGCUUCGGCUCUGGCCACUACACUGCCUACUGCUACAACACAGGAGGAGGCUUCUGGGUUCACUGUAAUGACUCUAAGAUGAAUGUGUGUUCUGUGGAGGAGGUGUGCCGUGCCCAGGCCUACAUCCUCUUCUACACACAGCGUGUAACUCAGGACAAGGACCGGCCGCUAUAGGACCACAAUCCCUCCCCUGAACCUCCUCAUCCUCCUCCUCAUCCUCCUCCUCCUCCUCUUCUGCUGCAGCCUGACCACUCAGCGAGAAGAUAUCAGCACAGCCCCACUUAUCUCUCUCUCUCUCUCUCUCUCUCUGUCUCUCUCUCUUCCCUCUCUCUUUCUUUGGGCAUUUUAUAUCCUGGGAGGAUGGGUCUUUUUAGUCUAUUUUUCUAAAUAAGGAAAACAAAAAAAAAGAGAGGAAGAACUCCUUUUUAAAACAGUUCUGCUUUGUGAACUUCUUGUAUAUGGUGUUUAUAUGUAGGUAUUUUUUUUUUUUAAAAAGAAAAAAAGAUGGUGAUGUUUGUGAUUUUUUGUGUACAGUCGUAUUUUAUAAAGAGAGAGAGAGUAUCAGCCAAGAUGCGUCUCAGUAGCAGCCAACAGACUUUUGGCCGAGGCAUGACUACAUUACAUAACAAAGUGUCCUCUACAAGUCGUACAGGUGUCUGCCUGCCUGCGUUUGGUGGCUUGAUGAUUAUUAAUGCUGUUUGUUUGUUGUUUUGUUUUUUGUUUUUUUAAAUCAACUGAAAUGUUUCUCAGUCACUUUAGAUAGUCGACACAAAACUGGAUGUAGGGUUGUUAUAUUAAAAAAAAAAAAAAAAAAUCAUUCACUAUCACUAGAAAUGGCCUCAACUGGGAAGGUUUCACAGCCAAGAAUGCACUAAUUUUUACAGAGUAGGUUUGUCAGCAUUGUGUUUUUUUUUGUUUGUUGUUGUUGUUGUUGUUUUUUUUUUUACUCAGACUCUCAGUGUUGGUUUAAAACAUCCAAAUCUGUGCACAAAAAGCAGGGCAGGAAGUGUAUUUUUCACUCUGGAGUACUCCUGGGUCUGUCAGGAAUAAUUGGCAGACCUCAAGCCAAAGCCUGGAGGGAAAUGUUUCAGCAUUUCCAAAAACGGUUUAACAUUUGCUGGGUUGUUUUUUUUUAUUUUCUUCUUCUUCUUUUUCAAUGAUGGAUUGAGGAGAGGAGGAAAAAAAAAAGCUUCUACCGGGAGGUUUUUUUCUUACGGCGAAAUGCUGCCACCUCUCUGCACCAGAAUGUAAAAUCUGAACCCCGACAGAUAACUAGAAAAAAAAAAAAAAGUGCCCUUCUGUUGAGAAAAGCAGAUAUAUUUUUAUAGUUCAUAUCACAUUCAGCGACGUGGGAAUCUGUCCUACACACACAGACCAGCAUUUAGAUAAUGAAUGUAUUUUUAUACAAUUCUUCUCAGAGGUUUUUAGAAGAAAAAAAAAAAAAAGGCCAUUGGCUGUUUUUUUUUUGUUUUUUUUUUGGAAAAAAGUUUUUAUACAACCGCUGAUUUUACUUUUCUUGCUGAUUGUUCAACGCCACCAGCAGUUUACGACAGAUCUGUCAUUCACCAUUAAGUAGGUGUGUGUGUGUGUAUGUGUGUGUGUAUGUGUGUGUGUACUGUAUGUGUACAUAUACUGGUAUUUUAUUUACCAUCUGUCAGUACAAAAAAAAAAGCCAGAUUAAACAGGAUUUCUGGAGUGUAUACAGAUUGUGAUAUUUAUCUCCAUACUGGAGAAAAUUGCACAAAAAAAGAAAAAAGACCCUCUCCGCCUCAACUAUGUUUCCUCUGAUUUAUCCAAGAGGAAUUCAAAGCACACUUCAUCUUCUUUUUACUUCAUUGUCAGACAUUGUGACACAUUGUUUGUUGGCAUUUGGUUACUACUUUGUUAGUAGUAGUACUAGUAAAGUAGUAGUAACUCUGUUUACUAUUACUUUGACUACUACUUUUUGGUGUGUGUAAAUUUAUGGAAGUUAUACUAUGCAAAUUGUUACCUCAAUUUUUUUUUUCUAGAGAAAAUUACCUCAAUAAAUGAGAAUAUUUUUUCAUUUUUCUACAAAA